AUGCUCAGGUACAAGAUGGUUGGUCGGGCAUCCCGUCGUUGUGUUGUUACUGGUUGGGAUGGCCAGGUGCCAACCUGUGAAGCUGUCAAAUGCCCUGACCUUAAAGCGACUCAGAAUGGAAUUACACCAACUGCCGACGGUGAAUUCUGGGAGACUGGAAUGGUUGCAGAAUAUAGAUGUAAUGCUGACUACUCAUUGAUUGGUUCAAGACUGCUUGAAUGUAAAGCUAAUGGACAUUGGAAUCACAAACCACCAACCUGCAAAAUUGUUAGGUGCACUCGUCCUGCAACACCCGAAAAUGCAGUUAUACAAGCAGGAUUUCUAUUCACAUACAAAUUGCACGGUGAAGUCACCUACAGAUGCAAAGAAGGAUAUGUAAUGAUUGGACCGAGGACAAUUCGUUGCACUGCAAACAACGAUUUUGUGCCAUCACCACCUACAUGCCGAAGCAGAGCUGACGUUAUUCUUACAACUAAAGGUCCUGAUCCUGGGCUUGGUACCGAUCCCACUCACACACCAGGCAGUCAGGCAGGAAGGAAUGUUGGUCAGUGGUAUGGGCUGCUCAUCAUCUUGGUAUAUUCACAUGAUGAAUUGUGAGGCCUGGCACCAUCCGAUUCCGGACUGCUCUGAAACAUGCUGUUCUGUGCUGGAACUCGGCAUAUUAUCUCCAGACAUUACAUUGAAGAAACGGGUACAUUUUCAGAUGAAGAAUAUCAAGUUUUUUUUCCUACAGAAAUAAAAUAUUUUGCCUUGAAUUGUAUUUAGAAGCUAAUAUAUUUUGAGUUUUUCCAUUAUGAAGUGUCAUUGUGUAGACUGGAAAUCACACAUGAAAAUCGCCGUGGCCAGUAAUUUUCCACUUUACUAUUAAAUAUGAAUCUGGCCCAAUCAAGCUCUGUAUGCUAUUUCCUUCUGUUUCAAAUAUAAAGGACUUUUUUCUAUAUGAAAGUUGUGAAUAAUGUGGAAAUAUUUACUUAUUUUUAAUCUUGGACUGGUUGCACAUGGUGUUUCCCUUAUCUCAUUUUAACUGCAGUUUGCGAUGGUAUAUUCCAACGUAGCAGUGAACACCACUAUCCUCAGUCAAUGGAAUUAUUGUCUACGAAACAUUCCCCUCGUUCUGCUUCUUCAUGGGACCACAGUUAUACAGCAGCUCAACAGGUGCUUAUAAAAAAUGAAUAGCUUAGAACACUUAAGAUGUAACUUUGAUACCUGUACAAGCAUUUCCGGUGCAGCUGGUUUGACAGAAAUAUUAGUAUUGUUUCAUUGUUUUUCUCAGUGAAUGUAACUAGCUGCAAACAUCAGAUUAUAAAGUGGAAACGGAACAAUUAGAAAUGUAUGUUUUUAUUGUAAUCAAACAGCACUUGCUUCUUUAAACUUUGUCUCUGAACUAAUAAUCUGCAUGGCCCAACAUUGCUGCUUUCCUCUGGAGCCACCUGGGAAUAUAAACACAUUUUGUAAAUUCAUUAAUCAGACGAGGAAUGUCCUCUUGUGCAUUUGUAGUAUUUUCCAGUUUAAUAUACUGUACAUAUUUGCUGAUUUCAUGACCUGGAUCAGCAAAAUUGAAUAUUGAUGCAGUUUUAUGUUCCAAUGAUGACUUUAAAAUAUAAGCUUCAUAUACUGCUUGUAAUGUCUUUUAUUCUACAAACCAGCAUUCCGUUGAUCUCACAAUGGAAAAUUGUCAAGGUUGUAGUUAGGAGAUUAAUUAAUGAUUCAGUGAUACUUUAUUGUCACAUGUGCCUAGGUCCAGUGAAAUGCUUUGUCAUGCAUACAAUCUGGUAAUAUCAUACAGCAGACCUCAUCUAGGUAGUACACAAGAGUCACCACCUUUCUGACAAAGUUACAAAAAGUUGAUUUUCUGCUCACAGUGGUGAACCAGGCCUGCCAGUGCACGUAGCAGCAGGCAGCCCCCACUGGGUCCCCUUUCGAUAUCAAGAGUCAAGAGUGUUUUAUUGUCAUAUCUCCCAGAUGGAACAAUGAAAUUCUUACUUGCAGAAUAAUUGGUUCCCCCACUGGGACUCCAUCCAUUUCACCACUAACUUCCAUCCGGCACUCAUUCACCAACAACUCCCUACCGUUUCUAGACCUCACCAUCUCCAUCGCAGGCAACAGACUACUGACCGACAUGUACUACAAACCCACUGACUCCCAUGGUUAUCUGGACUACACUUGUUUUCAUCCUGCUUCCUGUAAGGACUCUAUUCCCUACAAAGGAAU